AUGCUUUUCGCCUCUAUACUCGCACUCGCGGGACUCACUGAGGCAAUGCCUCAGUGGAACGACCUGGUCACUCGGCAGGGCUCGACUACUAUGCUGCGUUUUGGAUGCCCCCAAAUUGUUAUCGACAGAAUUGACCCUCUAGUCAAUCCUGGACAAGUCCCAUCCACCCACGUUCAUCAAAUUGUGGGCGGAAAUGCGUUCAACGCUUCAAUGACAACCAGUGAUGUCUCCAACGUUGCCACUUGCACUACUUGCCAGUUUUCCGAAGAUUUCUCUAACUACUGGACGGCGAAUCUUUACUUCAAGGCUCGUAAUGGCACUUAUAAGCGUGUUCCCCAGGGGGGUGCGGCUCUACAAUUCAACGACAAGUUCAGCACACAAAUUGCCGGUGGUGUUCUUGUAUACUACGUUUCAGCACAACCCGGAAAGAUCACAGCUUUCAAACCAGGAUUUCGUAUGCUCGUUGGUGACCCUAACCAGCGCUCAAGAAAGGACACCACGUUGAAGAGACAAAACUGCUAUCGUUGUUAUACGGGUCCAAACUUUGGUGGUGAUACCAGUGCUCCAUGCAUGGAUGCUAAGAUAGAUACUGAGGCAUUGCCCCCUAAGCCAUGCCUAGGUGGUAUUCGUUCCAACAUCCAUUUUCCAACCUGCUGGGAUGGAAAGAAUCUCGAUAGUCCAAAUCACCAGGACCAUGUUGCGUACCCUGUCGGCGGCCCUGCCAAUUUCUUGAGCCUUGGUGGUGCUUGCCCAGCAACCCACCCUGUCAGAAUACCGCAGUUGAUGUACGAGGUGGUUUGGGAUACCACGAAGUUCAACGACAAGUCGAUCUGGCCUACAGAUGGUAGCCAGCCAUUUGUUUUGAGCACUGGGGAUGCUACUGGACUUGGCCAACAUGCCGACUACGUAUUCGGUUGGAAGGGAGAUUCCCUCCAAAAAGCCAUGGACAAAUCGGGAUGCAUGGGAGCAACUUGUGGAACUCUUAAGACACAGUCAAUCGAGGCGGCUAAGAAGUGCGCCGUGAAAACCACCGUGAACGAAAAUGUCGACGGAUGGCUCGACAAACUCCCUGGAAUCGCAAUGCCGAUGAUGUAA